AUGAUACAUUCACGAUCUCAGCCUUUGCCUACGUCAAAAGUACAGGUCACCCAGCAACGGGUCUUUAUUGGAGAUAUGCAAAGGUUCAACACAGUGGAGAUUACCUCCAAUACCAAUGCUGGUGAUGUCAUUGCCUUGAUUGCAAGCCAAGGAUCGUUGGAUAAUACGGCAGUCUGGAUGCUGUUCGAGCUUGCGAAUGAUUUUGGCAUGGAACGUCCUAUCCGAAGUUACGAGCUACUAUCAGAUGUCACUGCUUCUUGGAACAAAGACAAACUUCUGAAUGCCUUUGUGGUCAAACGCACCUACCUGACGCCCUUCUUGAGCCGUUCGAAUAUACCCACAAGUUCACCUACCAACCGUGGAUAUGUCGAGUAUGAGAGCAAGAAGGGCAAGUGGAGCAAACGUUGGAUGGAGUUGCGAGAGCACAGCUUGUGGUUGGCCAAGCGCGAUACAGGAAAGGACGAGACUUUCCUGUGCUCACUCUCCAAUUUCGAUGCGUACUAUAUCACCCGGAAACAUAAGUCUCCUAAACCGUUUGUUUUUGCCAUCAAAUCUACUGACAAUAUCUCACUAUUUGAGAAUGUGUCGGACUAUGUUCAUAUUUUGUCAUGCAAUCAAAAGGACGGCGAGAGAUGGAUGGAAGCCAUUCUUGUAGCACGAUCCUAUGUUCUUUUCCAGGAACGGCAUGUCCUAUUCGCAAAACCAGAGGAAUCCACCUCGAUCUCUAACAACCUAUCUCGGUCUCAAACCAGAAAACAGUCUAUCUCUACGCGUCCUAGUCAGCCUCUCGUUAGUGUCUCAGCUCCCUUCAGCGCAUCGGCUACCGCUACCGUCACAUUCGAACCUGGCUCUCUCCUAGCCAAACACAAAGGAGACGUCAUGUCAUAAUGUGCAUUUAUGUGUACUGAAUAUACCCCGCAUCUACUGUUCGUGUCAUGGAAUAUUGUAUAUCGCAAGCUGUAA